GUUAGUGUGUGUUCACAAAUAAUCAUCACAUUAGUAAUGCAUUUCCUUCUCUCACUUAUUUCUCUAUUUCAGCUACCAUAUUUGGAAACUAUGUUUUCUCUGUUCUUUUUUCCUCCCUUUUCUAUGUGACAAAUAUUUCAUUUCACUUACAUAACAGAUGAAAGAAUAAGAAAGAUCUCAUUGUAUAUACAAACGAAUCUUGGUGUUCAAUAGUCUACAUUCAUCAAUUGAAAUGGCUACCCAUGAUUCAACAUGUCCACCACCAAUGAAGGCCACGUCCAAUGGGGCAUUUCAACAUGAAAACCCCAUGGAUUAUGCACUUCCCCUGUUAAUUGUACAGAUAAUUUUGGUGGUGGCUUUUACAAGAUUCAUUGCAUUUCUUUGCAAGCCUCUUAGACAACCUCGAGUUAUUGCAGAAGUCAUUGGAGGAAUAUUACUAGGACCAUCUGCAAUAGGGAGGAGCAAAAAAUUCCUAGAAACAUUUUUCCCCGCAAGAAGCUUAACUGUUCUGGAAACACUAGCCAACGUUGGGCUUCUAUUCUUCUUAUUCCUAGUAGGUCUUGAGCUUGACAUGCGUUCUAUACGCAGAACAGGUCCUAAAGCUUUAUGCAUAGCUGUUGCUGGUAUCACACUCCCAUUUGUACUUGGCAUAGGCACUUCACUUGUUCUACGUUCAACUAUAUCCAAAGAUGUUGAUCCAACUUCCUUCCUUGUCUUCAUGGGUGUUUCUCUUUCAAUCACUGCAUUUCCUGUCCUUGCUAGAAUCCUAGCUGAGCUCAAACUCCUCACCACCGAAGUCGGUCGUAUAGCUAUGUCAGCUGCUGCUGUCAAUGAUAUUGCAGCAUGGAUACUUCUUGCUCUUGCAAUUGCUCUCUCUGGUUCAAACUCUUCACCACUUGUUUCUUUGUGGGUUUUACUUUGUGGUGCUGGUUUUAUCAUCUUUGCUGUUUUGGUAAUUAAGCCUUUAGUUGCAUGGAUGGCUAAGCGUUCCCCUGAGGGUGAACCUAUAAAGGAAAUCUACAUAUGUGUUACUUUGUCACUUGUUUUGGCUUGUAGCUUUUUAACUGAUACUAUUGGUAUUCAUGCAUUGUUUGGAGCUUUUGUAGCUGGCGUUGUUGUGCCUAAAGAUGGUCCUUUUGCUGGUGUUUUGACUGAGAAGAUAGAGGAUCUUGUUAUGAGUCUUUUGUUGCCACUUUAUUUUGUGUCUAGUGGAUUGAAGACUAAUGUGGCAACUAUAAGUGGUGCACUUUCUUGGGGAUUAUUAGUCCUUGUUAUAUUCACUGCUUGCUUUGGAAAAAUUGUUGGUACUUUGGUUGUGUCUUUGUUGUGUAAGGUUCCUUUUAGAGAUGCCUUGACCAUUGGAUUUCUCAUGAAUACCAAGGGCUUGGUGGAGCUCAUUGUUCUCAACAUUGGCAAGGAUCGCAAGGUACUAAAUGAUCAAGCAUUUGCAAUAUGUGUUUUGAUGGCAUUGUUCACCACAUUCAUCACCACACCAAUAGUGAUGGCAGUGUAUAAACCAGCUAGGAAGGGAUCACCUUACAUGCACAAAACAAUUCAACGUAAAGAUCCAGACACAGAGCUUAGAGUACUAGCUUGCUUCCAUAGUACCUGCAACAUUCCUACCUUAAUCAAUCUAAUAGAGUCGUCGCGAGGAACGCGAAAGCGAGGAAAGUUGUGCAUUUAUGCAAUGCACUUAAUGGAACUCUCAGAAAGACCUUCAGCCAUCACAAUGGUUCAUAAGGCACGUAACAAUGGCCUGCCAUUUUGGAACAAAUUACAAAAUGACAAUAAAGACAAAAUGGUAAUUGCAUUUCAAGCUUAUGGACAUUUAAGCAGUGUCAAUCUUCGUCCAAUGACAGCAAUUUCAUCUCUCAACAACAUUCAUGAAGACAUUUGUUCUAGUGCACACCAAAAGCGAGUAGCCAUGAUUCUACUUCCAUUCGACAAACACCAGCGUGUCGAUGGAACUAUGGAAUCAUUAGGACACUCGUUUCGCGUAAUGAAUGGACUUGUUCUUAGUCACGCUCCUUGCUCGGUCGGAAUUUUAGUCGACCGUGGCCUUGGAGGGACUAGUCAAGUCCAUGCUAGUGAUGUUUCCUACAAUGUUGUUGUAGCUUUCUUUGGAGGAUGCGACGAUCGUGAAGCGCUAGCUUAUGGUAUGAGAAUGGCUGAACACCCUGGGAUUUUACUCACUGUUAUCAAGUUUAUUACUCCACCAGGUAUAACAUUAGCAUUUGGUGCUAAUUUAAUUGGUGUUUCAGCCAACAAAGAUAGGAAAGUAAUAAAAGUGGCUGAUGGUAGCACACAUGAUGAAGAUAAACAAGAGGAUGAUCAAUUUUGGUCAGAGUUUUUAAGUGUGUGUUGUAAGAAGGAAGAGUCAAUGAUGUAUGAGGAAAGGUUGGUGGAAAAUAAAGAAGAUGUUAUAAAUGUAUUGAGGGAAAGGAAUAAAAGCAAUCUAAUUUUGGUAGGUAGAAUGCCACCAGUGGCACCUUUGCUUGAUAGAAGUGAUUGUGCUGAGCUUGGUCCUGUUGGAAGCUAUUUGGCUACUUCUGAGUUCUCUACAUUUGCAUCAGUUGUUGUUUUUCAGCAAUAUGAUCCUAAAACAGAUAUUCAUCCAUUGGUAAUGGAGGUUUCUGAUUAUUACUCUAAUAUGCCAGACACACCAAUACAUGGUGUAUAGAAUAGAAUAGAUAUAUACAACAUAAUACGUAUUAUAUGAUCAAGCUAAUGUUUUUUUGUUUUCAUGAUUUUGGACAUUGGCUUUAGGAAAAUAAUUGGUAGACAGGGUGCACUCCGUCAACCACUUGAGAGAGAAAAAAUAGAUGAUAUAAUAGAAAGAGAGAGAGAUAGAAAAAAAUGAGGCAUGAAUGAGUCAUAAGAAAAUUAUGUGAAUCUAUGUAUCAUUGUUGUUGGCUUUAGAUACCAAAUGUAAAAAAGAAGAGCACGUAUGAGGUUGUAACCAAAUUUUGUUUGAGAAUGAAUUGAAUUUUUUAUU